AUGGCAUCAAAAACAACACAAUCGGAACUCCCGACCUUUACACCGGUCGACUAUGGAAAGUUCUUCGGCGCAGGCGCCCUCGCGGCGACCCUCACCCACGGUGCCGCGACACCAAUCGACGUCGUCAAGACGCGCAUCCAAGUCGACGACGCAAUGAAGGGCCUUAACAUGAUCAGCGCGGGUCGCACAAUCGUCGCAAAAGAAGGCGCAUCCGCCCUCCUCACCGGCUUCGGCCCCACCGCCGUCGGCUACCUCGUCCAGGGCGGCGGUAAAUUCGCCGGCUACGAGUUCUUCAAGAAGCAAUUCAUCACACUGGCCGGCGGUCCCGAUAAGGCCGUCGACAAGCGCACCGCAAUCUACCUCGGCGCCUCCGCCACCGCCGAAUUCUUUGCCGAUAUCCUGCUUUGCCCCCUCGAGGCGACGCGCAUCCGUCUCGUUUCCCAGCGCGGGUUCGCAACGGGGCUGGGGUCCGGAUUCAUGCGCCUCGCGCGCGAGGAAGGGUUCAAAGGGUUCUAUUCUGGCUUUGUGCCGCUGCUGUUUAAGCAGGUGCCUUAUGCCGUCGGCCAGUUCUCUGUGCAUGAGGCUGCUGUCGAGGUGAUUUACCGGACUAUGGGACCCGAGAGGAAGGCCAAGAUGACGCAGCUGCAGUCUACUGGCGUGGAGCUCGCCUCUGGUGUCGUUGCUGGUGUCGCGGCCGCUGUUCUCUCUCACCCCGCCGACACGUUGCUCUCCGCUAUCAACAAGGGUGCAGGUGACAAGAAUCAGGGCGCCACGAGCCGCAUGUUCCAACUUGCCAAGGAGUUUGGUCCCAAGAGGUUGCUUCUCACCGGUCUGGGCCCCCGUAUCGUCAUGACGUGCGGUCUGGUUGCUGGCCAAUUCGUCAUUUACGCGCAGUGCAAGACGCUAGUUGGCGCGCCUGCGGGUAUCGAGAUUCACAAGGAGGAGUCUUUGUAA